UCAUUUUCAGGCUAGCCAGAGGACUAGGAGCUGACUAUUAUGACGAUUUUUGCUAGCUGGAAGGGGCUUGGCUUACCUAUCACUUCCUUGCUUGCUCUCAUAUUCAUCGGUUACUGAUGGGAGAGUCUCUUUCCAAGCAGAAUUGUCUUCUUCAAUCAAAAAGAGAAAAGCGCAGCAAGCGUAUCAUUUUAUUGGGCUUUUUCAGCUCCCCUUAAGUGGCCACAACUUGUGGACUAAUUCGUUGACGCCAAAGUCUUUGAUGUGUAGAGAAGCUUCAGCUCCUUACACAGACGAUGAUUUUGCCCUUCUAAACUAUUUGGCUCUUCAUUUUUGGUGUACAACUUCAACAAUCCCACUUCUUUUCCUGGUCUGGAGAGCAUCAUGGAUGAUGGUAUGGAGCAGAAACUUUCGGAAACAAGCAAUCUGAAGUGGAGAAUUUGGAAUGAGACCAGGCUUGUGUGGAAAAUCAUUCUUCCGUCUAUCUUGGCUAGAGUAUCCAUGUAUGGAAUUCCAGUGGUGACUCAGAUAUACAUUGGACACAUUAGCGAACUAGAUCUUGCUGCUUAUGGAUUGAUACAGAGUGUUCUCUUGUUGUUUGUGAAUGGAGUUCUGCUGGGAAUGUCAAGUGCCACUGAAACAUUAUGUGGGCAAGCAUUUGGAGCUGGCCAAUACCACAUGAUGGGUAUUUAUUUGCAAAGAUCGUGGAUCAUCGAUUUUGUGACAGCAACAAUAUUCCUUCCUUUGUUUAUAUUUGUAACUCCGCUCUUCCAGUUGCUUGGUGAGGACGAAGAUGUGGCAGUUGCAGCCGGAGAGAUCUCUCUUUGGUUCAUCCCUUACAUCUACUCCACUGUUUUCUCGCUGACCAUCCAAAUGUAUUUACAAGCACAAAUGAAAAACUUGAUAAUUGGAUGGCUGUGUUGUGGCUCUUUUGUCCUUCAUUUGUUACUUUCCUGGAUCAUGGUUAGCGUACUCGAGUUGGGGGUUCCUGGUGCCAUGAUUGCAUUGAACAUAUCUAUUUGGUCUAUAGUAAUUGGAGGAUUCAUCUACGUUUUCGGAGGGUGGUGUCCUCAGACAUGGACAGGAUUCACCAAAGCUGCCUUUGUUGACCUCAUUCCCGUUAUAAAGCUGUCAAUUUCUUCUGGCGUGAUGCUCUGCUUGGAGCUGUGGUACAGUGCCAUCCUCGUCUUAUUAGCAGGAUAUAUGCAAAAUGCCACCGUGGCAAUAGCUGCAUUCUCGCUCUGCGUCAGCAUCAAUGCUUGGGAGUUCAUGAUAAGCCUCGGCUUUCUUACAGGGGCAUGCGUGCGUGUAUCCAAUGAACUAGGGAGAGGAAAUGCCAAAGCAGCAAUUUUCUCUUUCAAGGUCAUCGUCUCCAAUUCUUUAGCUAUUGGAAUAUUGUUCUGGGCACUCUUUUUAGCUUUCGGAGACAAGAUUUCACGGCUUUUUACAAGUAAUGAAGAAGUUGCAGAAGCUGUGUCCGGUCUCUCCAUUUUCCUUGCGUUCUCCUUCUUGCUCAACAGCAUACAGCCAGUACUGAUAGGUGUUGCCAUCGGUGCUGGUUUACAGGGUGUGGUUGCGAUUGUAAACGUCUGCUGCUAUUAUAUAAUUGGCAUACCCAUCGGAGUACUACUUGGAUAUGUGGCUGAUCUGGGAAUUAAGGGCCUGUGGAUUGGAUUGCUGUGUGGAAUACUAGCGCAGACAUUGGUGCUUUCUUUCCUCACUUGGCGAACAAAUUGGGAAGAACAGGUCAAUCGGGCAUCUAAACAUCUUGAUCAGUGGCUUUUGGAACCAGAGGAACCUACUGAGAGUACUGGUCUUGCUUGAAAUCAUCUCCGUGACAUGAUGCAGAGAGGGGCAGACGACUACUUUAGAAGCAUCUUCUUUCCUUUUCCUUUUCCUUUUCCUUUAUUCCGAUUUUGGGUAGAUUCACUGUUGAAAGACAAAAAUUAAACUGAAUCCUCGGUUAGGCCGAUUUGACCCCAUGUCAUCUAUUUAUAAUAAAGCCAAAAGGCCAAAAAUUACAAUAUCA